AUGUGUGUUGGUGGAUGUGAGUACGGGGAAGCAGCGGCCGCCAUUUCAGAGAGCUUGCUGAAGCUGUCGCAGGGGUGGAUCCUGAGCUGCCGAAGCCGCCGUCCUGAACUUCCGCGCGGGCUCCUUUAAUCCCAUUGUUUCUUUUAGAUUCGCUCGGGCCUAUCCGCCCUCGGAGCCCGAAAUUCGGGCUGGGCGGAACCUCGGCCUGGGCCUAGCGGCUUAACAGUAGCAACAGCGGCAGCAGCAGCAGCCCCCCUCUUUCCGAAUACAAGCAUCCCAGGGGCCCGAAAGCCCGCACAGACGUUUAGAGAAAAUGGCAGACGAUAUUGAUAUUGAAGCAAUGCUUGAGGCUCCUUACAAGAAGACUUGCCUAACGAUAUCUCACCUCUACUCCCAUGAAUUCACCUUUGAUUCCAGUGUGAACUGUCAAUCAUAAGGAUGAGAACAAGUUGAGCAGUGCUAACGGCCAUGAAGAACGUAGCAAAAAACAAAGUUUCUGCCUCCUUGGAAAGCUCUACAUCUCCUUGUGAUUGGAGUGUGGGUUUCAAGAUUCCAGAAGGAGGAAAAAAAGCAAGAGCAGAAGUCGUAGUCAUGAACGAAAAAGAAGCAAAAGUAAGGAACGGAAACGAAGUAGAGAUAGAGAAAGGAAAAAGAGCAAAAGCCGUGAAAGGAAGCGAAGUAGGAGUAAAGAAAGGAGACGGAGCCGCUCAAGAAGUCGAGAUCGCAGAUUCAGAGGCCGCUACAGAAGUCCUUACUCCGGACCAAAAUUUAACAGUGCCAUCCGAGGAAAGAUUGGGUUGCCUCAUAGCAUCAAAUUAAGCAGACGACGCUCUCGAAGCAAAAGUCCAUUCAGAAAAGACAAGAGUCCCGUGAGGGAACCUAUUGAUAAUCUAACUCCUGAGGAAAGAGAUGCAAGGACAGUUUUCUGCAUGCAGCUGGCAGCAAGAAUUCGGCCAAGGGAUUUGGAAGAGUUUUUCUCCACAGUAGGAAAGGUUCGAGAUGUGAGAAUGAUUUCUGAUAGAAAUUCAAGACGUUCCAAAGGAAUUGCAUAUGUGGAGUUUGUUGAUGUUAGCUCAGUGCCUCUAGCAAUAGGAUUAACUGGCCAACGUGUUUUAGGAGUGCCAAUCAUAGUACAAGCUUCACAGGCAGAAAAAAACAGAGCUGCAGCAAUGGCAAACAAUCUACAAAAGGGAAGUGCUGGACCUAUGAGGCUUUAUGUGGGCUCAUUACACUUUAACAUAACUGAAGAUAUGCUUCGGGGAAUCUUUGAGCCUUUUGGAAGGAUUGAAAGUAUUCAACUCAUGAUGGAUAGUGAAACAGGUCGAUCUAAGGGAUAUGGAUUUAUUACGUUUUCCGAUUCAGAAUGUGCCAAGAAGGCUUUGGAACAACUUAAUGGAUUUGAGUUAGCAGGAAGACCAAUGAAAGUUGGUCAUGUUACUGAACGUACUGAUGCUUCCAGUGCUAGCUCAUUUUUGGACAGUGAUGAACUGGAAAGGACUGGAAUUGACUUGGGAACAACCGGUCGUCUCCAGUUAAUGGCAAGACUUGCAGAAGGUACAGGUUUGCAGAUUCCACCAGCAGCACAGCAGGCUCUACAAAUGAGUGGCUCUUUGGCAUUUGGUGCUGUGGCAGAAUUCUCUUUUGUUAUAGAUUUGCAAACAAGACUUUCUCAACAGACUGAAGCUUCAGCUUUAGCUGCAGCUGCCUCUGUUCAGCCUCUUGCAACACAGUGUUUCCAACUUUCUAACAUGUUUAACCCUCAAACAGAAGAAGAAGUUGGAUGGGAUACAGAGAUUAAGGAUGAUGUGAUUGAAGAAUGUAAUAAACAUGGAGGAGUUAUUCAUAUUUAUGUUGACAAAAAUUCAGCUCAGGGCAACGUGUAUGUGAAGUGCCCAUCAAUUGCUGCAGCUAUUGCUGCUGUCAAUGCAUUGCAUGGCAGGUGGUUUGCUGGUAAAAUGAUAACAGCAGCAUAUGUACCUCUUCCAACUUACCACAACCUCUUCCCUGAUUCUAUGACAGCAACACAACUACUGGUUCCAAGUAGACGAUGAAGGAAGAUAUAGUCCCUUAUGUACAUAGCUUUUUUUCUUUCUUGAGAAUUCAUCUUGAGUUAUCUUUUAUUUAGAUAAAAAUAAAGAGGCAAGGGUCUACUGUCAUUUGUAUACAAUUCCUGUUACCUUGAAAAAAUAAAACUGUUAACAGGAAUGCAGUGUGCUCAUUAUCCCUAACUAGCAAAUCCCACUGUAUACAAAGCUGUUCUCUUGUUCUGCCUUUUAAAUGUACAUGUAGAAAUUUACAUUAAGGAUCUAUAGGAAUAGCUCUAGGGGGGAACAAAUGUGCUUAAUGUAAAAAGGCAGACAGGGAUGUAAUUACGUUUUUAAUGUUUCAGAAGCCUAACUUUUUACACAGCAGUUACAUUUCACGUUUAACUAAUGUUGAUACUUGGCUAAUGGUUUAGCAGAUUCUGGAGUACACAUUUAGUGUAUGGAAAUUCAAGACAGCUAAAGGGCUGUUUGAUUAACAUCUCAUCUUGCAUCGUGAUCAAUUGGCAAGAAAAGGAGUUUUCAAGAUUACAUUUCUGGAUGGUAUCUUUUCAAUUAAUGUAUCUGUAAAAGUUUCUUUGUAAAUACUAUGUGUUCUGGUGUGUCUAAGAUUCCAAACAAAAUGAUCCCUGCAUUUCCUCAAGAUGUUUAGUGACAGUCUGGUAAGCAAAGCAGUCUGAGCAAGAAAUAGGAAAUGCAGAAAUAGGUUUUGUCUGGUUGCAUAUAAUCUUUGCUCUUUUUAAGCUCUGUGAGCUCUGAAAUAUAUUUUUGGGUUACUUCAGUGUGUUUGACAAGACAGCUUGAUAUUUCUAUCAAACAAAUGACUUUCAUAUUGCAACAACCUUUGUAAGAACCACUCAAAUAAAAUUCUCUUAAAAAGGC